GACCUUAGAAAAACAAGUUUGCGCAAAGUGGAGCCGGGAGCCCAGCCUCUGGGCAGCCCCCGGCAGCGCGUCCACAGCCUUCCAGCCGGCGUGGCGGCACAGGUCCGAGCCUGGCACCGCGGCUCAUGGGGCCCGCCGGCUCGGCCACCGGCCGCCUUGGGCCGCUGCUCUGUCUGCUGCUUGCCGCGUCCUGCGCCUGGCCAGGAGUGACAGGUCAGGAGGAGCUGCAGGUGAUUCAACGUGAGAAGUCGGUGUCGGUCGCAGCUGGAGAGGCGGUCACUCUGCCCUGCAUCGUCUCCUCUCUGCAUCCCGUGGGGCCCAUGCAGUGGUACAGGGGGGCUGGGCCAGACCGGCAGUUAGUCUACAGUUUCAAAGGGGGCAUAGACCGCUUAGGCCGCUUCCCCCGAGUGACAAAUGUUUCAGACUACGCAAAAAGAGACAACAUGGACUUUUCCAUCCGCAUCAGUAACAUCACCCCAGCGGACGCCGGCACCUACUUCUGUGUGAAGUUCAAGAAAGGGAGCCCUGAUGACGUGGAGUUUAAAUCUGGUCCUGGGACACAGGUGACUGUGAAUUCCUCCCCCUGCAUUGGUGUCGUGUCUCCUCUUAUUCGACAAACACCUGGGCAGACAGUGACCUUCACCUGUGAGUCCCAUGGCUUCUCCCCCAGAGAUGUCACCCUGAAGUGGUUCAGAAAUGGGAAUGAGCUCCCAGCCCUCCAGACCAUCGUGGUCCCGCCAGGCGACAGUGUCUCCUACAACGUCUCCAGCAGGACCCAGGUGAUGCUCACCCCAGAGGACGUCCACAGUCAGGUCAUCUGCGAGGUGGCCCACAGUACCUUACAGGGCUCUCUCCGUGGGACAGCCAAAUUGUCUGAGAUCAUCCGAGUUCCGCCCACCUUGGAGGUUACCCGUCCCCCCACUCAAGGGAACCAAGUGAACAUCACCUGCCAGGUGAAGAAGUUCUACCCCAAGAGCCUAGAGCUGACCUGGUUGGAGAAUGGUAAUGUGUCCCGAACAGAUUCAGCCUGGAUCCCCACUGAGGACAAGGAUGGGACCUAUAACCUGAAGAGCUGGAUCCUGGUGAACUUAUCUGCCCACAGAGAGGAUGUGGUGCUCACCUGCCAGGUGGUGCAUGACGGGCAGCCAGCAGUCACCAAAAACCUGACCCUGAAGUUCACUGCCCCCCUGAAGGACCAGAGCACAGAGCCAAGCCCUGCCAAGGGCUCCACUUCUUCUACAAGGUUGCAUGAGCCUGAGAAGAAUGCCAGAGAAGUAACCCAGAUCCAAGACACAAACAACAUGAACAACGACAUCACCUAUGCAGAACUGAACCUGCCUAGGGGGAAGAAGCCAGCACCACAGGCCGCCGAGCCCAACAACCACACAGAGUAUGCCAACAUUGAGGCCAGCCCACCACGCAGGUCGGAGGACACCCUCACCUACGCCAACCUGGACAUGGUCCAUCUCAACCAGGUCCCCAAGGAUUCUGCCCCCAAGCCCGAGCCUUCCUGCUCGGAAUACGCCAGCGUCCGGAUCCAGAGGAAGUGAACGGCCUUGGUCGUUUUAGGGCCGUUCCCCAUGAGCUUCCUGUCCCACAUGGAGCCACAAUGUUGGGGGGCAGCAGCCCAGCCCCCAGAACACCAGGAUGGCCAGGCCCUGGGACCCAGGAGUGAGGGCAGCUCUUGUCUCCCCACCACUCUGGCUCUCCAACACUUUAGGCCCACCACGGCCCUACACGUUCCCACACAGGGAGGCUGAUGUUGCCAAACCAGCCAGGCAGCCCACCUGGGCACUGACCACAGCAGCCAGGGACCCAAGAGCUCUCGUGCCUCUGCUGCACCAACACCUGGAUCUUUGUCAUGGUCUUGGAGACCCUUGACUGCCUCCUUGACGCUGCACAGCUUAAUCUGCCAGGGUGAAGAGGGAGAGGAUUCCACCUCCUCACCUGCCAACACUACCAUACCAGGGCUUUUGGCAAACCAUUUCCCUUUAGACUGAACUGCCCCAACCAUGGAGAAGCUGGACAAGAACCCUGGGACCCAUAUCCUGAGCCUUGGUGAGGUAGCUGCCAGUGGUCCUGCCUUCCCCAUCCCUGGGCCGACGAGCCACAGGCCCUGGGGGAGAAGGGAACCUUCCCAGGAACCCCCUUGAAGGACCACCAGACGAAACCUCCUCCUUGUCCUCCUGUUCCUCCUUGUGCCCCUCCAGAACUCCUCAAGGACCCGUCAUCCCAACUGUGACACUCCACACAGACCCUCCUGUUCUCUCUAGCCCAGCUUGCUCUCUACAGCUAGUACUAAUUCACAACAUCUCGCUGUGGACGCCUGUAAAUUAUUUGAGAAAUGUGAAACGUGCAAUCUUGAAACUGAGGUAUUAGAAAUUUUGAUCUGUGGUGUUUCAUUUUUUUUCCUUAGGACAACAACGCCGUCAUCUUGACUCUUUGUCACGUGGUGAAGUACAUGGUUGGGUUUUGUGAAGUCUAAGGUUUAACAGUUUGUUGUCCUGAAAGGAUUUUCUUAUAGCAGAGACUGAAUUCCACCAAGUUCCAGAGCCCUGAGGAUGAGGAGGAAGGGCCGGUGUGGCUGCUCCAUGGAGACACUGAGCCUUCUGGCCAGGACUAAAUUGGCCCCGUUCUCAGUGGAGCCAUGUGGCUGGUUCUCCUGCCAUCCGUGACCCACAGUGGUAAGUCCCAGUCUUCCAGUGCUUCUCCUGGCCACCUCCUUGGCAGUGCGGUCUUGUCAAGACCUAAUGCCUGUCUGCUCAUCUGUAGAAUGGGAAGAGGAAAGAUGAAGUCCCUCCCCACCAUCUCUCACAAGCACUUUAGGAACCUGCAGGGUGGGGAAGCUGAGCCUGGCUGUUGUCCCCACCCCUUUAGCGCCCUUCCCUACCCCAGCUCUCUGAGCUGAUCCCUCAAGGAGGAAUCUUCCAUUUCUGCUCUCAAAGCUUCUCGGGAUCAAACUGGAACAAAUCAAAGACAGCCAGGAGGACUGCGCAGCUGUGAAGCCAGGGCUGUUCUGCCCUCUGUCCCUCCAUCUCAGGAGGGUUGACAGAGGCAGUGACCCCUUCCAGUUCGGGGAGCCAAUGCCCCAAAACGUAUGAGGGCCUGGCUGGCCCCAGGGCAAGCAAGCCCCGUUCAUUCGGUCUUCACUGUAACUGAUCAACUCAUAGAGUUAAAAUGCUAAUAUUCAUGGCCCCUUGGCUGGUCUAGGCACUCAGUGCCCAAGGGGUUCCUGGCCCAGUCUGUCAGAGCGAGAGCCUGGGCCAUCUGGCACGUCAUCAGGUCCUAAGAUGGAAUUCGAGGAGUUCAGCACAGACCCAGCUCUCUGGGGAUGGUGGCUUGGUGUUUUCCAUAACAGCAUCCAGGAGUUAACUGAGCCAGCAUGCCAUGUGGGCAUGACCUGGCCUGACAAGCCAGGGCUCCUUUGUGGCAUCUGGGAGCCACAGUGGCCCAGCCACCUGUCUCCUGUCAUUUCCAAUUCCAAAGGGUUGGUUUAUAAACCUGGGUCUCCCUGUCUUCUACCCAGAGAGAGCACAUGCCCAUGUGCACACACAUACACACAUUCACACACACACACACAUGUACACACACACAGACAUGCAUGCCUGCAUACACACAGAUACACAUACACUCACACAUUUUUGCACGUACACACACACAUAUACUCACGUACACAUAGAAUUUUAAAAGAAUGUUUUCUUGGUGCCAUUUUUCUUUGACUUUAUUUUCAUUUUUGGAGGGGGAAUGAGGCCAAGGAAGACGUAUAGCUUUAGCUUCAUUCAGCCUGGCAGCCUGGAGAUUCCCCACACCUUGUGUAUCGAACCUCAGGAAAAGGAAGAGGUUGAAAGAACACUGCGGAAGGAACGUGGUUUCGGGCGUUUAUUUUAAGACUGCUGGGAAGGAAACAGGCCCCAUUUUGUAUAUAGUUGCAACUUAAACUUUUUGGCUUGCAAAAUAUUUUUGUAAUAAAGAUUUCUGGGUAACAAUGA